AUGGCUAAUGUCCGAUUACAGAUUCUAGGUUUCAUAUUUGGUAUAGGUGGUCUUGGUUUUGUGCUUGUUGCUACAAUGUCUAAAGAAUGGAAAAUAACAAGCAGAGCAACUUCAGUGAUCACUGCUACUUGGGUUUUCCAAGGCCUUUGGACAAACUGUACUGGAAAUACUCUUGGAUCUGUUCAAUGCCGAGAUCACCUCACUCUGUUCAAGUUGGCGGCUUAUAUCCAGGUCUCCAGAGCCCUCAUGAUUAUUUCUAUCUGUCUGGGAUUUUUUGGUUCCAUAUUUGCACUGAUGGGGAUGGAAUGUACCAACAUCGGAGGCUCAGAAAGGAGUAAAGCGAAAGUUGCUUUUUGUGCUGGAGUAAUGUACACACUCGCUGGGUUGGCACCAUUGGUUGCUUGUUCAUGGUAUGCACAUCACAUUAUCUUAGAGCAUUAUGACCCCAUAAUGUCAAAAUAUGAAUUAGGAACUGCUUUAUUCAGCGGCUGGGCUGGUGCAACCCUUUACCUCUUGGGUGGUUUGAGUUUUUGCUUGUCAGUGGCUGAAGAUAAACACUCCCAAAGAACCAAGUAUGGAGCAAUGCCAUUUCUUCCUUCUCAAACAAAGGGAUACUUUGGUGCAACAGAAAUGAGGUCAGCCAAAAGCAUGGCGACAUCACCAAAACAAUUUGAUAAAAACUCAUAUGUUUAA